UUUCAAGCAUGGCGGACGAAAAAUCUCUCCCGGUUGUUGUGUCGGCGAAAAAAGACCGGAAGGUCUUCACUGGGGGGAAAGGCAGAAGAACUGCUCACCAGAUACCAGAUGAACUUCUAAAUGAUCCGCAACUGGAAAAGGCAAUGAUUGUGCUUCCAAAGAAUUAUAAUUUUGAAAUCCCGAAGACUAUCUGGAGAAUCCAGUCCACAGGUAUUAAAAGAGUUGCCCUGCAGUUCCCUGAAGGCCUUCUCUUGUAUGCCUGUGCAAUAGCUGAUAUAAUAGAACAAUUCACAGAGGCUGAUACUGUGAUUAUGGGUGAUGUGACAUAUGGCGCAUGUUGUGUUGAUGACUUCACAGCAAAAGCUCUUGGAGCAGACUUGAUGGUACAUUACGGUCAUAGUUGCCUAGUUCCUAUUGACAAGACAGAGGGCAUUCAAAUGCUGUACGUAUUUGUGGAUAUCAAGAUGGACACGAAACAUUUUAUUGACACUCUCAAAUACAACUUCAAGCCUGGUAGUACGUUGGCCAUGGUCAGCACCAUACAGUUUGUAACAACUCUACAGUCUGUCCAGCAGGAGUUGAUCAAAGAGUUUAAAGUGAAUAUUCCACAGUGCAAGCCAUUAUCACCCGGGGAGAUCUUAGGAUGUACCGCACCAAAGCUGAGUGAGGAGGAUGCUUUGAUUUACCUUGGGGAUGGUCGAUUUCAUUUGGAGUCGAUUAUGAUUGCAAACCCCAGACAUCCGGCCUACAAAUAUGACCCGUAUGAUAAGAAAUUCACCCGAGAGUAUUAUGAUACAGAACUCAUGCACAAGAAUCGACAAGGUGCUAUCGAACAGGCAAAGGGAGCUAGGAAAUUUGGUCUUGUCCUAGGAACUCUUGGACGGCAGGGAUCACCAAAGAUAUUCGAGCAUUUAAAGACCAAAAUUAUUGAACUGAAAAAGGAAUAUGUGUUGGUGCUGCUCUCUGAGUUAUUUCCUGAUAAACUUGGUCUAUUUCAAGACGUUGAUGCUUGGGUCCAGGUCGCCUGUCCAAGGUUAUCCAUUGACUGGGGUACUGCAUUUCCAAAGCCUCUGCUCACACCUUAUGAAGCUUCAGUGGUUUUGGACAGCAUAGCAUGGCAGAAGGACUAUCCUAUGGACUUUUACUCAAACUCAAGUUUAGGAGCUUGGACGGUGAAUCACGAGUCUCAUCGGAAACCACGGCCUGUCAGGAAUAAAACUAAACCCAAAAUUUCUUCCGAAAGUUCUAACAUGUCUAACACAGUUCUGCAGGGCAUUGCAAUGAACUCUGACACCAAGGUGGACUCUCCAAAUGGUGAUGAUGUAAAGGAUUCCAAUACUGUGGUUGAUACCAGUCAGGAGAAAAAGGAGAGGUGUGGGACUUGUGAGAACUGCUCGUGUGGAGGGAUUGCAAAAUAUUAGCUGGUGGAUGGAUUAAAAACUUUGACUUAGCUGGAAUGUGCUCAAAAUCGACUUUGUCUUCCUGUUCCAACCACUGUAUAGCAUAUGUAACCCCUCGCAUCAAAAGGGGCAAUAAGCUGCAUUUGGUCACAUAUUGUAACUGGGGAUUCAUGAUGGGAUGGUGCAAAUAGA